ACCACUGCACGUCUCAAUGCUAUUAUAUUAAGUAGUUUCGAUAAAAUAUAAAGAACAUACUUAUAUUUUUACACUGCCUACAAGUAGGUUGUUUUAUUCCGAGUAAUUAGUGUUCUGUGUACCGACAUUCAAAUUCAAAAAUCGCUAAUUGACUUGAUAAUUAUAAUACCGUCAUUUAAAUUAACGACAGUAGAACGCAAACUAAGACAAAACUCUUCUAUAUGUAAUACUUAAUUUUGUGAAUUUUCGAUUUAAAAAUAAAAAUUUCUAUGAAAAGAGAUAUUCAAAAUAUUUGAAAUAAUUCAUUAAUUUUUUCAAAAUAUCUUGUGUCCAAUUCUUAAAAUGCUGUGACUUUCUUCGCGUGUAAGUUUGAAAAAAACUUAUCAUUCAUAAAUGUAAUCUUACAAGAACUCAAGUGAGUUAUGAUAAAGUAAGUCAGCGAACUAGAUAAUUUAAAAACUAUUUGGAAAACUCUAUUUUUUAUUUAAUAAUUUCUGCGUCAAAAUAUACGGUUAUAAUUUAUUUUUCGAAUUUAUAAAAAGAUUUAGAAAUAUAAUUUUGAGAAAAUUUCAAUCUAAUUAUUAAAAUUUUCUGUCUAAGUCGGCUUUAUAGUCUCCCUUAAUAUUUUUAUUUAUAUAAAUCAGAAUUAUGUUAAUUGUGAAUGAUUCAUUCAAAACGAACACUUGAACAGUUGCUGACUCGAAAUUUUUAUAUGUAUGAGUAUUAGUGUAGAAGGGAUUUGAUAAGAUUUUUGAGGAUGCGAUGGAUAUCGUUGGUCACCGAAAUUUCUUAUAGAAACUCAGAAAAAGCCCUUCAUUACUCUACUUUGGUUGAAGGUCAGUAAACUGUUGGUAAAUUAGGAGAUUUCUCAUAAAAACUCAAAAAAGGCCCGCGAUACUCUACGGUGAAAGGAUGAAAAUGAAAAUCCUAUGGACAUUUUUGAGCCUGAUAUCUCUAUGUCGUAUGGAAGAUUUUCUGGAUUGUGAUCAGAAAAAUUGGCACAGUUUGGAAAACAAGCAAACGGCGAAUCUUGAAUGUGGACCAGCAUUUGAAAAUCGGUGCUACUGUUCCAGAAUUUGUUAUGAAGGAAAACAUCAAUAUGUGGUAAACUGCACGAAUUCUCAAUUUUCAACUACUCAACCACUCGCACAUCUUCCAAAUAAGACUCAAGUACUCAUUUUUACGGGCAACACUUUGAGAAAAUUGGAAUGGAACAUUUUUGGGACUUUGGAUCGCAUUCCGAGUCUUCAAGUGAUCGAUAUGUCGAACAAUAAAAUAACUGAGAUCAGUGGGAAAGCUUAUCAUCAUGUAAAAAAUGUUCAACGUUUGUAUUUAGAUUUCAAUGAACUGUCUUUAGACUCGCAGAGUAAUCAUCCGAGAGUAUUUUCGAAUUUCAUUUCUCUGCUCGAGCUGCAUCUUACGGACGCUUUUGAAGACGGAAAUCCGAAAAAUCUCGCUGAAACUCUCCACGAUAUUUUUUUCAAUAGCCAUUUAGAUCAAUUGAUAAAACUGCACUUGGAACAAAAUGAAAUUUCCGAAUUCAAAGAUCCUAAUGUUUUCUGCAAUCUUCCAAAUUUAUUGGAUCUACAUUUAGGGGACAAUACUCUCAAUGCGUUACAUUUCAACUUAUCAUGUCUCCACAAACUAAGAUUUUUAGAUCUUCAGCGCAAUAAUUUCACGAGAAUUUUAGACCGGGAUUUGAAAACUCUAGAUACUUUUGCGAAACAUAAUCAAUCUGUUACGAUUGAUUUGUCAAAUAAUCCAUUGGAAUGUUCGUGCAAACUUAAUCCGUUUAUUGAGUGGAUGAAUAAAACCAAAAUUUUUGUGAGAAAUAAAAAUCUCUAUAUGUGCAAUGAUCAUGGACAUAAGAAACAUUUGCAAAAAAUGAAACAUUGUGUUUCAAAAAUGAGUUUUUCGUCACGAUCAUCGGGCUCGACUGUUGCCAUUACGUUGCUUUCUUUCAUACUCGUAGUUUUAAUUUGUACUCUAGUCUAUCUUCAACGUGAGGAUUUAUACAAAAAAAUCGUCCCUGUUAUUGAUUCAGUAAACAAGCGUGUAAGAUAUACAUCAAUUGCAACGGCUAACUCUCGUGAAAACGAUGUUUGAGUAUAAAAAUCAUAAUUGUCAAACGAAUAAUGUAUGUUUGCUGUACUGUAUUCAUUUUAUUGCACUUUUUUACGAUAACGUUAGUUUGAGUGCUCAUUCUCAUAUAGCAUAGUAUUUUAAAUCUAAGCCUGAAUGUAUUUAUAAUUUCUCGUAUCGUAGCUAAUAUUUGUUUCUAAUUUCGAGUCUUUUGUUUAAAAAACGCAAAGAUUUCUGUGUUGAACGCCAUAAUUUUUCUGCAUGAUUACCAUUUUAAUAUCAUUAUUAUUAAUAAAAAAAUUAAUAUAAAUUGAAUUUUAUACGUUUA